GUGAAGUGAUAAACUGCUCUGAGGGGACUUGCAUUUAAGAAGCGUGACAGCAACUUAUUAUUUAACAUAUUUGUGCAGAGUUUAACUUGAGCUUUCAGAGGACUAACACACAGUGAUAAUGGAUCUUAAAAGUCAGUUUCUUGAAGAAGGAGAGCUGCCUUUACCACAGGUGAUGGUGUCGAGGAGAAAGCCCGGCUCUUCAAGGUCAGGUGUAUGGCGGGUCUGCGGUGUCCUCCUGGCUGUGGCCCUGUGUGCCGCCGCUGCCGUCUGCUUCACGCUCAACAAGUCUCAGAACAAUCAGGAAAGUGGAAAAGAGAUUAGACUCACAUUGAGAGAUAAUCUUUCAAAAGACAAUGUCACUUCCAGGGCUGCUAUCCAUCUAACAGGUGCAUACAACCCUAACGUGUCUGCAGACAAGCUAGAUUGGAGAAGGAACCAGGACCAGGCUUUCACUUCAGGCGGCUUGAAAGUAGUGGACCGAGAGAUCAUCAUUCCCGCGGACGGCAUUUACUUCGUCUACAGCCAGGUGUCUUUCCACAUCAGCUGCAAGACUGACAUGCCUCAGGACCACGACGUUCUGCAUAUGAGCCACGCGGUGAGCCGCUAUUCCGAUUCUUAUGGCACCUACAAGCCGCUUUUCAGCGCGAUCCGCUCCGCCUGCGUGCACGCGCCUGACAAUGAAGAUCUGUGGUACAACACGAUUUAUCUCGGCGCGGCCUUCAACCUGCAUGCCGAAGACAAACUGCGCACCGAAACGACGGUAGAACUCCUGCCCCGCGUCGAGACCGAAAAUGGAAAGACCUUUUUUGGGGUGUUUGCUUUAUGAUAAACAGGCACAAUGUACUGUUUUGGAUUUUAAGCUAAACUAAAUACAAAACUGUGGGGACGAAAGCGACAUACUGAGUUUUCACUGCAAUGACACUGAUAAACCAAGACGUUUUACAUUAAAACCUAUAACUCUAUGAUUCUUAUGAAUUCAGGGAUCCAGAUAUCAGUGGGGGAAAACGCUGCCAUGUUCAGCUGUAAUUUCCAAUGAAUGGUGAAUUAAAGCAAGCCAAGUUGCUUUUAUAAUUAUUAUUAUUGUUAUUUUGAAAGAAUGUAAUGCUAAUGUUGUUUAUUUAUCGUGUAUUUAUUUAAAUAUUUAUCAAACUAUUUAUUUA